AUGCCAAAAGCGGUCAAUAUUAACGUCAACGCCUUAGACUCGGAGCUGGAGUUUGCCAUUUUGCCAAGCGCUUACGGCAAAAUUGUGUUUGACCAGGUGGUGAAAACAAUUGGAUUACGUGAGCUCUGGUACUUUGGACUCCAGUAUAUAGAUGGAAAAGACUAUUUAACUUGGCUGAAACUGGAAAAAAAGGUGUUACAACAGGACGUGAGGAAGACAAACCCGCUGCAGUUUAAUUUUCGGGCCAAGUACUUUCCCGAGGAAGUCAAUGAGGAGCUCAUUCAGGAGAUCACUCAGAAGCUUUUCUUCAUGCAAGUGAGAGAGGGCAUCCUGAGCGACCAGGUUUACUGUCCGCCGGAAACGGCUGUGCUGCUGGCGUCCUACUCUGUUCAAGCCAAGUAUGGAGAUUAUGAUAAAGAAACCCACCAACCGGGAUACCUCCUUUCUGAACGGCUACUCCCUCGCAGAGUGGUGGAUCAGCACAAGUUAUCACAAGAACAGUGGGAGGAGAGGAUUCAGGUGUGGCAUGAGGAGCAUCGUGGGAUGCUCAAGGAGGAUGCCAUGAUGGAGUAUCUGAAGAUCGCUCAGGACCUCGAGAUGUAUGGCGUCAACUACUUUGACAUCAAGAAUAAGAAGGGAACGCUGUUGUGGCUGGGAGUGGAUGCUUUGGGACUGAAUAUUUAUGAGAAGGAUGACAAACUGACACCAAAAAUCGGCUUCCCAUGGAGUGAAAUCAAAAAUGUUUCCUUCAAUGACAAAAAGUUCACCAUCAAACCCAUCGACAAAAAAUCACCGGACUUUGUCUUCUAUUCCCCGAGACUACGCUUAAACAAACGCAUCCUUCAGCUGUGCAUGGGCAACCAUGAGCUCUACAUGAACCGACGCAAGCCGGACUCCAUCGAGGUGCAGCAGAUGAAGACACAGGCGAGAGAGGAGAAGAUGCAGAAACAGAAGGAGAAGGCCCAGCUGGAAAAAGAGAAGAGGAAGAGGGAGGCCAUCGAGAAGGAGAAGGAGCAGAUGGAGCGGGAGAAGAAGGAUAUUAUGAUGAAGCUCUACCAGUAUCAGGAGAAGACCAAGAAGGUAGAGCAAGAUCUUCAGGCGCAGACGCAGAGAGCCAUGAUGCUGGAGAAGGAGCGUUUGAAAGCUGAAGAGGAGGCGGCUCGUCUGGAGGCGGAACGUCAGGCAGCCCUGCUGGCUAAAGAAGCGCUGGCUCGCCAAUCUGAAAAUCAGAAGAUUAGUCAGGAACAGCUGGCCUCAGAGCUGAAGGAGCACACGAGCAGAAUCACUCUGCUGGAGGAGGCCAGGAAACGCAAGGAGAAUGAGGUGGACUCAUGGCAGCUCAGGGCCAAGGAGGCCCAGGAUGAUCUGAUUAAGACCAAGCAGGAGUUAGAGAAGGUGAGGCUGGCGGCCCCACCAGUGCUGCCGAUGCCGAUGAUGGCGCCGAUGCAGAUGCCGAUGAUGGCGCCAAUGAUGGCGCCGAUGAUGACGCCGAUGCACACAUCGAUGUCGACGCCGAUGCAAAUGCCAAUGCAGACCACGAUGCAGACGCCAAUGCAAACGCCAAUGCAAACGCCAAUGCAAACGCCAAUGCAAACGCCAAUGCAAACACUAAGGCCGACGCCUUUGCAAACGCUGAGGCAGACGCCGAUGGAAACACCAAUGGAAAUGCCGCUGCCGCCGCCUCCCCCUCUCUCUAUGUACAACUUUGACGACAACAGCGAAGACGAGGAGAACAGCAGCAUGCACAGUGCCGACCUGCACAAUGACAGCGUCCAAAACAAUCACCGCAGGGAGGAGGAUCGACGGACAGAGGCCCAGAAGAAUGAGCGUGUGCAGAAACAGCUCAGGGAUUUGACCGCCGAGUUGGCCCAAGCGCGUGACGAGUCCAAGAACACCCAGAACGACCUCCUCCACUCGGCCAACGUGCGGGAAGGACGAGACAAAUACAAAACCCUGCGGCAGAUCCGGCAAGGCAACACCAAGCAAAGAAUUGAUGAGUUUGAGGCCUUAUAAGGAAGACACCUGCCCUUUUAAAAUUGUGUCAUUAGUGUAGAAAGAAAAUGACUCCCAGUGACCUCUCAGAAAGGGCUGGCAUAUUGUGUCUAGGCACAACACUAGAUGGCUCUACACUCGUUUAAAUGUAUGCCUAGUUUAAUAUUUAUAAAGUAUACGGGACAUUAAAAAGGGUGUUUCAUCUUAAUUUGUAUAUUUUUGCUAACGAUGAAAACUAAAUUAUAUAUAGUGACCAAAAUAAUGUCAAUGUCUUAUGUUCCCUGCUUUUUAGUCUCAGAUCAAGGAUGAGCCUUAUCUUUGUCUUUAGAUCAGUGUCGCCACUUAAAACUUGUGCUUGUGCCUUAAUGUCCAUGCUGGUAGAAGCAUCAUGAUGAAUGUAACUUUUAAAACGCAGAAUGCUGUUUUUGAGUGUCCUCCUUGAGCUUGAUCUGAGUGCUGUAGUUUCAUCAGGCAGUUAGGAGGCCACUUUGGAUUCACCUUGAUGAGAAGGCCACUUUGGUUUCACCUUGAUGGUCGCGGAAAUAUCUCUGUAUUUGAGACAUAUUGCCAAUAAAUAUAUAU